AUGGCACAUUGCAUGGUAGCUCUCUAUCGUCUAUCCGUAUUCGAAGAUCCACAAUGGGAUGUCCAACUUGUGCGUCAACAACUCGAUUUCUCGCUCAUCCUAGAUCAAAUUGUCAAGACGUGGGAGAAUGUUAAAGACGAAGCUGGACUAGAUACUGGAUUGACGAGGGUAGAUGAUGUUGAUAUAUAUACUUCUAAUGCGAAGAGAAUUGGAUUGAUUAAAACGUGGUGGGAUGCCAAGAUCGCGGGGGAAACUUCGAGUAAUGCGUCGAGUGACAAGUUUGCAAAUGGAAAUGGAAAUGGAACUAUGGGUACGGAAUCCAUACCUCAAACUCAAGGUCAGGGUUUCGAACUCCCAACUUUCAAUUUGGAUAUGGGGCAGGAGUUGUGGGAUGAUGGUUGGUGGCAGGAUGUUUUUGGUGCGUGGGGUGCUUAG